UCCACGACACCGCCACCAUCCCGCCGGCGACUUCACGCACGUACGUCUCCAUUCGCCACUCCAUCGAUCGAUCCUCCAUGGCCGGCGAGCCCUACACCGAGGACGAGGUCACCCGCUUUCUCAAGCAUGACCCGACCGUCCCGGCCGCUGAGCAACAGCCGCCGGCGGCUCACGUCGACGUCCAGGCGGACGUUCAGCCCAUCGUCUGUGAUGAGCGGAUGAUGGCCGACACGCCGUCGGCGUCGGCGAUGCAGCUCGAACUCCAGGAGGUGCCUCCCAUGGUCGGCGUGCGGCACCCUCCACCGGAGGCGCCGAUGCCACUCUAUUAUCAAACGAUGCCUGGCGAAUCGAUGGGGACGAUGCCACUCCACCCUGGCGAUCACAUGGUGAACGAGUUGAUGCCGGUAGUGCAACAAAAGCUUGGCGAAUCGCCGGCAAUAACGCCGCCACUUUUUGAAGGCCAGGGCCAGCACAUGGUGGGCGAGUCACCGUCGGCGAUGGCACUCCCUCAUCAGCAGAUGCUGAGCGACACGCCUGCCACAAUGCCACGCCAUCCUCACUCUCACAUGAUCAACGAGUUGUUGCAGGUAUUGGAACAAAGGCUUGGCGAAACGACGGCAGCAAUGCCGCAAGAUGACGGACAUGGCGAGCACAUGAUGGGCGAGCCGUCGGUAAGGAUUCCACUCCAGUACCAACAGAUGAUGGUGGAUCAUCCGCCCGUGGCCUACGGCUUCACGGACCUAGACGGCGAUCUGGGUCUCCAUGGGCUUUUCCUGGAAAACGAAGAACACCUCCCGGGCGGCAAUGGCGUCACUGGCAUGUCGGAACCGCCCGCGGUGCCUUCAGUCGUGCCGCUGGCACCAGCGCCAGAGCAACAACCAUCAUGCCAAGACUGUCAUGUCGUCCAACUGGCCAGGAGCCACAACGCGGCGAUAGGAAUGGUGACGACCUUGUCUCUGCACCUCACGUCCGACGGAACAUAUACGCACACAGUCCUCGAAAUCACCGGCGCCCAAGGGCCAAACUCCGGCAGCCAACUAAUAUACGAGAGCCUGCGUGACUGCGCGCAAGAGGAUGUGGCUAGAAUUGUUGACUCCUUGAUUGGGACGAUGAGGAGCACAGUCGGCCCGGUGGAAGAGGUCAUCAUCGCCGAGAGCGGAGCAGCCGCAGACGCAGAGGUAGCCAUGAGCUCUGGCAUGGUGGACGCGGCCGGUCCGUCCAGCGCGCCAGAGAUGGACACGCUGCGCGCUGCACCGGUUGUGCCACCGCCUCCACGGACCCAAAGGCAGUGGCCGCAGCAACCGGCGAGGGUGUUGAGCCCUGCGGAGCAAGAGGACGAGGAGACCCGGCAGUACUUACAGCACGUCCGAGAGCAGGUCGAGAAGGAGAUGAGCUCGCUGCCGCUCGCGCUCAAGCGAUUCUGCCGCGACACAAAAAAUCCAGACAAACGCAGCCUGAUCUUACGCCGGAUAAAACAACUCAAUAACAAGAUCAAAGACUCUCCGAAGGAGGGCUGGGGUGUGGGGAGUGAAUUGACCAAGAUCAGAACGUGGGUGGAUGGUUUAGUGACAGAGAAAACGCGGCUGUACGCUACUCUUGUGGAGCUGAUGGAGAAGGAAGGCAAAAGCUGCCAUGUUGUCCCUCCCCGCCGAGACGACGAUGAAACCGGUGGCAGUGGCGGCGCCGCUGGUGCUGCUGUGUCAUAAGAUUGUAGUAUAUGUAAUGUAAUCGUAUGUAGUGGGACAUUUUACUUAUAUUUC